CCAAGCUCCAAUUUUAAUGGUAGAGCAGUAAAGCUUAGUAGGGGGCUUAUUAUUAUUCCUACCAACAAUCUAAUUUCCAACAGAAGAAAAGAUUCAGAUUUCUGUUUUCAUGUGUGUUCAAUUCAUGGAUUCCUACAUGAAAAUCAGUGACAUGAAUGUCUAAUCUCACUCAAAUUUAACAAAAUUCAAUACCUUUUUGCUGAAUCAUGAAACCCGUCAUCUCAAAAAUAUGCAAAACCAAUACCCUUUACUCCAAUUCAACAUGGAAACAAUUCAAACCCACAAAUUUCACUCAAAGAAUAUAUUUUUCUUCGAGUGAAAAUCCAGACCCACCAAAAGAUUCAACCUUGAAUGCACCCAGUGAGAGCUCAGCUGCAAUUGAUGCAGGCUCUUCUAUCAGAAAACCAAUUAGUUUAUGGCCAGGGAUGUACCAUUCACCUGUUACUAAUGCUUUAUGGGAAGCAAGAUCAACCAUUUUUGAGAAAUCUGAUGCUCAUUCCACCACUCAAUUGGUGCCUAAAACACCAUCUAAGAGCAGGACUGUUAUUCUUUAUAACUUUUCUUCUGAUUUUGUACUUAGAGAACAGUAUAGGAACCCUUGGAAUGAGGUUAGAAUGGGGAAGUUGGUUGAAGAUCUUGAUGCUCUUGCUGGUACCAUUUCUUAUAAGCACUGCUGCAAUGAGGAUGGUAUGACUAGGCCUAUUCUAUUGGUUACUGCUUCAGUUGAUAAGAUGGUUCUGAAUAAACCAAUUCGUGUUGAUACUGAUCUGAAAAUAGCUGGGGCUGUUACAUGGGUUGGGCGGUCAUCCAUGGAGAUUCAGUUGGAAGUGACUCAGUCAACGGAAGGGACUUCCGAUACACAUGAUUCACUCGCUCUUGUAGCAAACUUCACGUUUGUGGCUCGUGAUUCAAAGACUGGAAAAUCAGCUCCUGUUAACCAGAUCUCUCCUGAAACUGAACAAGAAAAAUCGCUAUGGGAAGAAGCAGAAGAACGAAACAAAUUGAGGAAGCAAAAAAGAGCAGAAAGUAAAUUAGAUACUUAUGACAGGGACAUGGAAAGGCUUAAAGCAUUGCUAGCCGAAGGGAGGGUGUUCUGUGACAUGCCGGCAUUGGCAGACAGAGACAGCAUUCUUAUAAAGGAUACUUGUCAUCAGAACUCUCUGAUCUGUCAACCACAGCAAAGGAACAUUCAUGGUCGCAUCUUUGGAGGAUUUCUUAUGCGCAAAGCUUUUGAGCUGUCCUUUUCAACUGCUUAUGCAUUUGCUGGUGCAGCACCACGCUUUGUUGAAGUUGACCAUGUUGAUUUUUUUAAACCUGUGGAUGUUGGAAAUUUUCUUCGAUUGAAGUCGUGCGUUUUGUACACAGAGCUUGAGGACCCUGCUAAACCUCUGAUAAAUGUGGAAGUUGUAGCUCAUGUUACAAGGCCUGAACUAAGGUCCAGUGAGGUGUCUAACAAGUUCUAUUUCACAUUCACUGUUCGACCCGAGGCUGUUAAAGAUGGAUUAAGGAUUCGGAAUGUUGUUCCUGCUACAGAAGAAGAAGGGCGUCGUGUGCUUGAACGUAUGGAUGCUGAGAACAUCCAGAUUGCAGAAUCAUGAAACAAAUUCACUCUCCGCAGAAUCAGUUACUUUGGAAUGUACAGCUACAUUGUCAAAAGAAAAUAAAAUUUUGAUCUUGUUUUACUUCUAACAACAUUUGUAAAACAUUCAGUUUAACUUCUAAAAGAUUCAGAUGAAUGAGAUAUCAAUUCAGCUAAUAAAUUUACAUGAUAAGUUCGACUA